AUGGAGCAACAGGCGGAGCUCCAGCAGCUCGAGAGUUUCUUGGUGCAGUAUGAGCAAGGAACUUUGCCUUCGGUGAACUGGUUGGAUAAUUUGGUGUUUUCUCGCAUACGAGAUGCUCGAAGUAUGCAGUUGCGUAUAGCCCAGGCGACUGAUGACUUCUUCCAACUCUUGGUAGAGCUGCCCGUGUACGUGCGCCCAGUGAUUUUUCGCGAGCGUCGAGAAGACGUGGAGCCGCUGGAGAUUCACAGUUGGCAGCGCUUGACUUGGCUCGUCGACGACGAGGUUAAUUUGAUGUUAGAAAACCCGGCUGAGCGUAAGCAUCAAAAGCUUUCGCGUAGUGUCGGUCGUGGCGUUAUUGAUAUGGAGUUGAAGCCAGAUGGAGCCGAGAAGCGCAGGCUGUCGGCAAUUAUCCAACUCCCACCCACGCGACCGCUGGACAUGGAAUCGCAAAAUUUGCUGUGGAAGUUUAGAUUCGCCAUAAGUCACGAUCCAAGGGCGUUAACAAAGUUCCUUAAGUGUGUCGACUGGUCAGAUCCGGCUGAAACGCAGGCCUCAGUGCAACUGAUGCGCGAGUGGGCGCCCAUCGGCCCAGCCGCAGCGUUGGAACUUCUGACACCAACCUUCUCGAACAGCGAAGUACGUCGUUACGCGGUUUCCAUCCUGAGACAAGCUGAGAAUGAAGAUCUAUUGCUAUAUUUGCUGCAGUUAGUUCAGGCGUUACGCUACGAAACAGCCGACGACAACGAACUCGCGAAAUUUUUAGUCGAACGCGCAGUCGCGAACGAAGUCGUCGGGAACUAUUUGUACUGGUACGUAUUAGUGCAAAGAACUCCACCUCCAGCGGAACGUAGCAUGAGCGCAUUCCGCAUGUUCGAGCGAGCUAGUAGGGCGAAGGAUACACGAGGACGUAGUGUUUGGGAGACACUGAAAUUCCAGCGGGAACUGAUGGAAAAGAUUACGAUCAUUACUCAAGAAGUUAACACGCUUCGUGGGGCGCGUAAAGUCGAGCGUCUGAGGGCCAUUCUCUCUAGUGACAAUACGCUUGGUGCUGUGUUAACAUCGUUCCCUCAGGCCAUUCCCAACCCGUUGAAUCCGACGGUAUUGACGACUGGCAUACUUGCGAGUGAAAGUAAUGUUUUCAAAUCUGCGCUGAGCCCAUUGAAGCUCGCGUUCCAGACGCUCACCGGGGACAGCGCAACGAUGAUCUUCAAGAAGGGCGAUGACUUACGGCAAGAUCAACUCUGCGUGCAGAUGAUUUCAUUGAUGGACAAGCUUUUGAAGCGAGAAAAUCUUGAUUUGAAAUUGACUUCGUACCGUGUACUCGCCACUGGAAAUGAUACAGGACUCAUUGAGUUUGUCAAGUCCCAAGGGCUUGCUGACAUCCUCAAGGAACACGAGAAGCUGACGACAUACAUAGCUUUACACAAUCCCGACCCGCACGGCCCGAACGGAUGUACGAUGACAUCGAUGAUGAACUUCGUCAAGAGUUGUGCUGGGUACUCGGUGAUUACGUAUCUGCUGGGCGUGGGGGACCGACACUUGGACAACUUGAUGCUGGCCUCAGAUGGAAGGUUGUUUCACAUUGACUUUGGAUUCAUCAUGGGACGUGAUCCAAAGAUUUCUCCCCCAUCGAUGAAGCUCUGCAAAGAGAUGGUCGAAGCGAUGGGCGAGUACUUCAGUGAGUUUAAGACUUACUGUUGCGAAGCAUACAACAUCUUACGAAAGAGUGAGUCGGUGGUGUUGCUGUUGAAUCUUUUCAGCCUGAUGGCAGACGCGAAUAUCCCUGACAUCAACAUAAAUCAAGACUACGAAAAAGCUUUGCUUAGAUUUGAGUCAAAGUUCGCGUUAGAGCUCGAUGAUGAGGCCGCCAUGCAACACUUCAUAAGCGAAAUCCACCGCUCAAGCAAUGCAUUCUUGGAUCCUAUAUUCGAGCGUGCACAUCGUGUUGCGCAGUAUUUGAGGUAG